UGUUGGGAUGCCCCAGAUGCCACCCAACGAGGUGUGAUACAUAUGUUCAGUACUGUGUCUAACUAGCCUGCUCAUUGUGUUGUUAGCAUUUACCCCACCACGAGUCCUGCUCUCAUCAACAUGUUGCGUCGUGCGCACCUUUCCCAACCGGACGAGGCCAUCAAGAUCAUCAAGGAGGAUGGUGGGGUUAUUCUGACGGGAUUUCCGAUAGAGCAAAUUGAGCAGGUCAAUCAGGACAUGAAGAGCUCCCUGAUGCAAAGGUGUCAGGACAGAACCUGGGACGCACGGUAUCACGGACGAAUAUACUGCGGACUUUUAUACGGGCUCAGCAAAACCAUGCGCGAGGACAUAAUCCUGCAAGAGAAUGUGCAGGUCAUUAUCAAUCACUUCCUACGAACUACCAACCCCCCCUUUGUAGACCUAAAUAGUCAGCCAGGGCGAAGCACGAAUGCUAUCCUCUCCGGAGCAAAUACCAUCGCCACACGGCCAGGUGGGAAAGCACAAGCCUUACACCGCGACGACAGCAUCUGGCAACAGGUACAUUCCAGCCAGGAAGACACAGGGUAUCGGAUCGGAUCUGAUAUCGGCAUGUCUCUCCUAGUGCCAGGAGUGAAAACGACCCGUGAGAAUGGAGCAACAAUGUUUGUACCUGGAUCUCAUCUCUGGGGGGACCAGCGCCAACCCACCAUCCCUGAGGACGUUUUGACGGUGGACAUGGUGCCUGGUGAGGCAUUCCUUUUCUUGGGGUCGGCUCUACAUGGAGGAGGAGCGAAUGCGACCAACGCAGAGAGAAUAUUGCAUUCGGCCUUCUUUUGCCGGUCCUGGGUUCGCCCAGAGAGCAAUGAUUUCGUGUGGUGGGAUAAGAAUGCGGUCCAAAAAUGGUCCAUUGAUGCUCAGAGGCUCGCUGGCUAUGUGACUGAUAAGAUGCUGGGCAUCUGCGAUGAUAUGGAUCCCAUUGACGCCCUGACAAAAAAAAGCACCGGUUAUUAGCUGAUACAUAGGAGCCGUCCUAGCUUUGCUCUUUCGAUCUCCAACUAAAAAUGACAUGUGGAGUGGGACUGAGUCCGACUGGGGUCAGUUACGCAACUAUAUGUAUGUAUAUAUAUAUCUAUAUAUCUAUUUGUAGCGUGUCCUCUAGCCAAGUUUCUGGUCGGCUUUCAGGCUUUGGACCGUGUGAUAAUGUCCGAUAGACAUACAUGCCGGUCGAUUGUUGAAGCGGGUGGGCAGAGUGGAGGGAUGAAAGACGUGAGACCCAGAGUCGAUCCUUUUUGUCCUCUAAUUCCACGCCCGUCUUGUUCGACCACACACGCACGGUCCGAGAUCAGCUGAUGAAAUC